AUGGCCCCACGGCUUGGCGCAGCGGCUGCGGCUAUCGAGACUGGACUCCCAGGCACCGGCGAACCAGGCGCGCGGGACACGGGAAGGGAGCGGCGCGGACUGCGGGCGCGGACGGGGCAGCGGCCGAGGAACUCCGUGGGCUCGGCGUACCAGGCGCAGCGUGGAGCUCACGCGAAGGUGGGGCGACGCGGGCGCAUCACCGGCACGGUCAGCAGGCGGGCCUGCGCGGACGACGGUGGGCUGGAGAACAGCUGUCGCGGCGCGGGCGAAACGGCGGUGGUGGCACGAGGCGAGGUGCUGAGGACCUCGGCGCAAGGAGGUGCGCGGACCGGCGGAGCCGCGGCGCCGGCAGGACGGCUCUGGGCAGCAGGCGGAGCACGGGCGCGCGGGAUAGCAGAGAGGACGCGCGGGUGCAACGGCUCUGGCGUCGGUGGUUGGCCACGACGACGCUGCGGCCCGGUCCAGCGUGGGACCGCGGCGGUGCUCCAGACUUGGCGGCUGCGGGCGCACGGCAACGGGAUGAGCAGCGCGCCGGCUCUGGUCCGGCGCAGCAAAGGGGCGCCGUGCGCUCGCGGGCCCAGGCACGCGGCCGAGGAGCACGCGCGCGGACGGAGAGCAGGGCGUGCGCGGCAGAGAGGAGUUGCGCGCGGACUCGGCGUGGCGAACCAGCGCAGGCCAGGGGCUCGGUGCGCUUGCGCUCCGUGGCCGGGCGACGCUGAACUGGAACUAAAGCGUCUCCUUAUGGCAGCAGAAAAAGGAAGGGUGAGAGAGAGGGAAGCAACGCAGGAGACAGACAGAGACCGGAACAGACCGGGUCGCAGCGGAGAAAAGAAAGAAAGAGAAUAG